UCUUUAUUCAAGGCACAAGUGACACUUCCUCGCCGAAAACUGCCUGCCUCCCCACGCGUCAUAUCGCCCGUCAAGAUCUGGAUUUUUGGCUUGCUCGAGCAGGUUCCAGAAUAUCAUGCAUGAACAAUUGCUAUAACCUCUCCAUGAUGCUGCUCGAUUGAUAUCUGACGAGCCAGCGCUCUCUCCCUAUCACGCACCCCAACGCGGGCCUGAAUUUCUCUAAUUCGACUCCUCGGACCACCUUUUCGUCGCUUUAUCCUCUCGGUCCACUAGAAUCCUCUCAGAUGUCUUACCAAUAUCCUAUUCCGGCGACUCCUAGAGUCAUCUCGCCCUCUCCCACUCCUUCCGAGACCUCCGACCGUCAAGACUCCUAUUUCGCCCCGGUCACACGAUCUGCUGCCAAAGCGCAGCGACAGAGAUCUCCCCAACCAGAGCCCAUAAAUGAAGAGAAGGAUGGUUCGGGAUCAGAUUCCAGUGUCGACAAGCGUGCAAGGACGCGGUCCAGAAGCCCCAUACUGUCGGCAGCUACCCAUAUGAAUGGUAGCGCUGGUGCCGGGUCCAAGAGACGACGCAUGAGCGGCCUCACUACGAAAACACCGGUCAAAAAAUCGGAGCCAUUGACAAACGGUGCGAGUCCACUACCACAACCAAACGGACAUCUCUCCCCUUACGAUCGAGUCAAGAAAUCCUGGCGAGAAUUCUCGAGAUCACCGUCACCACUGGGUCUGAUCCCUCUACACCGACACUAUCGAAAUCUUAUACACAAGCACGAAAUACCCAGAAAAUUACUACAUGUCUCGAUAGGCUUCUUCACGCUUCGACUUUAUGUGACGGGCACGCAAUCCCCAUCCAUUACACCAUGGCUAGUUGGUGCUCUGGCCAUCAUUGCCCCCACGGAUGUACUGAGGCAUCACUCCGAACGAUUCAACAGAUUCUACAUCAAAGUACUGGGCGCUUUGAUGCGCGAGACCGAGGUUGAUGGCUACAAUGGUGUGAUAUGGUACCUUGUCGGUGCCUAUAUCGCUCUGAAAUUCUACCCGAAAGACAUCAGCGUGGUUUCCAUUUUGUUGUUGUCUUGGUGUGAUACUGCAGCGAGCACAUUUGGCCGACUCUACGGUCGCUACACAAUUCGUUUACGCCGAGGGAAGUCCUUGGCUGGGUCAUUAGCUGCAUUCGUUACAGGUGCCCUUGUGGCAGUCUUCUUUUGGGGUUACCUUGCACCGCGGACUGGUCCAUUCCCAGACGAUCCAAUAAACGGAAACAUGUUCCAGGGUCGCUUGUCAAUGCCUAGCCGAGCCAAAGAGCUGCUUGGGUGGCAACCUGGCCAGGGUGUCAUCGUCGGCAACACAGCGCUUGCUGUGAUGAGUUUCUGUACCGGCAUCAUUGCCAGUUUCUCGGAGUUGAUAGACCUGUGGGGUUGGGACGACAACUUGACGAUACCACUGUUGAGCAGUGCGGGUCUCUGGGCCUUUUUGAAGGUCUUUGGCUGAAGGAUACCACAGCGCCAUCUUCUGCUCUCAUCUACCUUUCUUUCGUUUCCCGCAAAGCGUGAUGUCAUUGCAAUGAUUAUUCUAGGUGUUGGUAUAUUCCAAAACUGUCAAUACCAGCUGGCUUCCCAACAGCUAUGCUUGCACUUUGUGUUUGUUGCGCCUUCGCAUAUCUGAACAUCGUGCUUCCAAGCUACCGAGACCACCCACAUGAGGACACUGCGACCAAAAUGCC